AGAACACGUACGCUGCUUUGCUCAAAUAAAAUCGCGUAACAAGAAAUUGUAUGAUUUUGUGUCUACAAAUGAAAUAAAUCGAGAGAACGUAUUUGAUGGAUUAGUUGCGCUUUAUGUCUUGAAUCGCAUAAGAAAUUGAAUAUUUUACGGUGUUUGCUCAAUACGGAACGAAGCGAAGUGUAGAUAUUUUACAGCUGCGCAGUAUCAAAUUCAAUUAUGGACAAUAGAAAAGGUAGCAGUAAUCCGAACCCAAGAGACACUGCUAAUAUCUUUUCUGUUUUAACAUGGGCGUGGACUUUUCCUUUAUUUAAAACUGGUUACAGAAAGAUUUUAGACGUUGAAGAUUUAUAUAACCCUCUGAAGAAAGAUCGAGCGAAUAUAUUGGGAGAUAGAUUAGAAAAACAAUGGUUUGCAGAACAGCAAAGAGCCAAAAGGAAAAAACGCGGCCCUAGCUUAUUAUGGGCCAUUGGUCGAGCUUUCGCUCCCGAGAUCUUUUUAAUGGGUUGCAUUCAAAUUAUCACUGAGUUAGUUUUGAGAUUAGGCACGCCACUUCUCUUGCGUGCGCUUUUACGAUACUUCGAACCGGCCACAAACAUGUCUUAUGAGAUUGCAAUUUACUGGGCCACUAGUAUGAUAGCUGCCGAACUCGCUACAACUAUAUCGAUAAAUCAAUCAAUUUUCAUGCGUUAUCAUCAAGGAGGACGUAUUAGAAUUGCAGUCUGCUCUGUUAUUUAUAGAAAGGCAUUGCGUUUAAGUAAAGCAGCAUUAGGUGAGACAGCACCAGGCAAAAUAGUUAAUUUAGUAGCUAGUGAUGUUACUAGAUUUGAAACGAUUUUCGUUUGCCUACAUCAUAUGUGGUCUGCUCCAUUAUCGACCAUUAUAAUUACGAUUUUAUUGUACAUAGAAAUUGGAUGGUCAGCACUUAUUGGAACAAGUAUCGUAUUUCUUAUUGUUCCUAUACAAGGUUAUUUAGGAAAACUAUCUUCUAAAUAUCGAUUGCAAACAUCACUUAAAACUGACGAACGUAUUCGUUUGAUGGAUGAAAUUAUUUCCGGUGUGCAAGUGAUUAAGAUGUACGCGUGGGAGAAACCAUUUUGCACCUUAGUGGAACUUGCACGGCGCCUUGAGCUAAAAGUUAUUAAGAAAAGUUCUUAUAUUCGAGGGAUCUAUAUGACUUUUGUUCUCUUCAACGCGCGAAUUGCUCUUUUUGGAGUUUUGAUGACAAUGUUAUUUAGAGGACAAGAACUCACUGCACAAAGGGUAUUUAUGUACGUGUCCUACUUCAACUUGAUAUCCUUAACGAUGUUCAAUAUAUUCGUGCGUGGGAUUUCUGAAAUCGCCGAAUGUAGAGUGGCUACCAAUAGAAUACAAUACUUUCUAAUGUACGAGGAAUUCCAAUUAAAUAAUGUUGAUCGUAAAAACUUACCGAAUUCUAUAUCCAAAAUUCAUAAUACUAUCAUAUGUACUGAUAAAAAUAAGACACCAGUGUCGAACAAGAGCUCAAAUCAAAAUAUUAUUAUGAAAGCUAGCAAUUUAUCGUCUAAUAACUUUGGCAUAAAAAGUAAUAGUGAAGGAUCAAAGAAUGUAUUGCAUGAUGAAAAUUGGUCGGUACAGUUAAAACAUGUCACAACCAAGUGGGACCCAUGUUCUGCGGAAACAAUUUUAGAUGAUAUUACAGUAGAAAUGGCGAGAGGCAAAUUUUACAUUGUGAUCGGCAUGGUAGGUUCCGGGAAAAGCACGCUUAUUUCUACGAUUCUUGGUGAAUUAAACAUUAUUAGAGGUACUGCUGAGGUAAAAGGUUCUGUCAGUUUUGCGGAUCAGGAUGCAUGGGUCUUUGGUGCAAGCGUCAGGCAGAAUAUUAUAUUCGGACAAAAAUUUGACCGACAGAGGUACAUGAAUGUAGUCAAAGUAUGCGCAUUGCAAAAAGAUUUUCGACAAUUCCCGAAUGGCGAUCAAACUAUAGUUGGCGAACGAGGAAGUUCCUUGUCUGGAGGUCAAAAAGCUAGAAUCAAUCUGGCAAGAGCAGUAUACCGACAGGCUGAUAUUUAUCUUUUGGACGAUCCUUUAAGUGCGGUAGACGCUCAUGUAGGAAAACAUUUAUUUGAAGAGUGUCUUCAAAAGUACUUAUCCGGAAAAACACGUUUAUUGGCCACUCAUCAGCUACAAUACCUAAAGUAUGCUGACACCAUUCUUCUUUUAGAUCAAAAAAAGCUAUAUCAAUAUGCCAACUACCAUGAACUUUUACAUGCCUAUCCAAAAUAUAAUACCUUAAUCGCCGGGGAAGAAGAAAAAGUAUCUACCACCGAAUUCGGUCCCAUUUUUGACAGUAAACGAAGAUAUUCUAUAACCAGCAUACGAAGUCGAGUAAGUGAAAGCGGAAAUGAAACUGAUGGAGAAGGUAUCGAUGAUAAUGAAAUUAAACAAGAUAAUUACUUUGAAGGCACAUCCCGUGGUACUGUGACAGGGACUCUUUUUGGAAGUUAUAUAAAAUCUGGUGCAAAUAACAUAGUUGCUUUACUGGUUAUAUUAUUCUAUUUAGCAACACAAGCGUGUGUCACCAUGAACGAUUAUUUUAUCUCUAUCCUUGUGAAUGCAGAAGAAGCCCGUAAUUAUUACAAUAAAAUACACGAAAACGGCAAUUUUUCUAUUGUUAUGAAUCCAAGUAAAAUAUUCCUCAAAGAAAAGGAUAUUCUACCGAGAAAUUACUACGUGUACAUCUAUACAGCCUUAGUUACCUCCAUACUUUUGGUGGGAAUCAUACGUUCUUUUACAUUCCUAACAACGUGCUUACGUGCCAGUCAACGUCUUCAUGAUCUAGCUUUUGCUGCUCUCAUUCGUGCGACAAUGAGGUUCUUCGAUACUAAUCCGAGCGGUCGAAUUCUCAAUCGCUUCUCCAAGGAUUUAGGGACCAUUGACGAGUCGUUACCCAAAGCCAUACUCGAUGCCACGCAGACUAUUCUUGUUACAUUAGGGGUUAUUAUCAUUGCCUGCACUAUAAACUACUGGUUUCUGUUACCUGUUUUUCUGAUUGGACUUUUAUUUUAUCAUAUCAGAGGGAUUUACUUGAAGACAAGUAAAGAUAUAAAAAGACUGGAAGGAAUUACGCGAUCUCCCGUGUUUACUCACCUGAAUGCUACACUCGAUGGAAUCACAACAAUAAGGGCAUAUAAAGCAGAAAGUAUUCUCAAAGAAGAAUUCGAUAAGUUGCAAGAUACAAACAGUUCCUCGUGGUACCUGUUUAUUGCAACUAGUGUAGCCUUUGGAUUUUCUUUGGAUGUAUGCUGUUUUCUGUUUACGGGAAUGGUAAUCGUCAGCUUCCUUUUCUUGAAAGAGCACUUUGCUGCAGGUGCGGUAGGCUUAGUGAUAACUCAAGUUAUGGCUCUUACGCGUCAGCUUCAAUGGGGUAUGAGACAAAGUGCUGAAGUUACAAAUCAGUUGACGUCUGUUGAGAGAGUACUUGAAUAUUCACAAUUACCAUCUGAGCUAAACCUUCAUGAUAAAGGUAUUUUAAUAAAAAAUCAAUUGAAGAAAGAACAACAAGAGAAAAUUUUGCUGAUUGAGCCACCUCAUAAUUGGCCAAUCAAGGGCAGAGUGGAAUUUAAAAAUGUCUCGAUGCGUUACUCUAAUGAAGAUUCACCAGUUCUUAAAAAUCUUACUUUUGCAAUUGCUCCAAGUGAGAAGAUUGGAAUCGUAGGUAGAACAGGAGCCGGAAAAUCAUCUAUCAUCUCUGCGCUGUUUAGAUUAGUGGAAAUAGAAGGAGUCAUUGAGAUUGAUGGUAUUGACAUAGAAAAAAUUGCUUUGGAAAAUCUAAGAAAAAGUAUAUCGAUCAUCCCUCAAGAUCCAGUACUCUUCUCCGGAACAUUACGUCACAACUUGGAUCCAUUCAACGAGUUUCCGGAUGAACUUUUAUGGAAAGUUUUGGAAGAGGUCGAGUUGAGGGACUCGGUGAAAUUGACUGGCAAUGGUCUCGAUCAUCGGGUACUCGACAGAGGUUCGAAUUACAGUACUGGUCAGCGACAACUAAUAUGCUUAGCUCGUGCCAUUCUCCGUAACAAUAAAAUUCUAAUGCUGGAUGAGGCAACUGCAAACGUUGAUCCUCACACUGAUGCACUCAUUCAGCGAACUAUUCGCAUUAAAUUUGCACCAUGUACCGUCCUUACAGUAGCUCAUCGAUUGAACACUAUCAUGGAUAGUGAUAGGGUUCUAGUGAUGGACAAAGGACGACUUGCCGUAAGUACGAUGGAAUUCGACCAUUCUCACGUCUUACUACAAAACGAAAGUGGACCGUUCUCAUUAUUGGUUCGAGAAACAGGCCAUGUCGUACAUCAGCAGCUUUGAAAGUUGCAUAUAAGUUUUAAAAAUCUAAAUAUUGCGAUAAGCAGCGAUAAUCAGUGAUAUAGCACCGUCUCACAGCGAAAGUUAUACUAUUCAGUUACCUUCAAUUGCUAGCCGGUUUGUGGUGUAUUGACCGUCAAUCGAAUUGACAAUUUUAAAAACAAUUAAAAGUGCAUUGAAAAUGAUUUAAGAUAAAAAUUACGAAAUUAUCUACUUACAUUGCAUAUGGAUAAUAUGUAAAUAACAUAAAUUAAAAUCAAUA